AUGAAUGCAUUUUUCGAUGGAUACAUGCAUUCAAAGACCUCAUCGAAACAAUUUGUCGAACAAUACGAAAGAGCACUACGGAGCAAGGUUGAGAAAGAGUUUCAGACUGACUUCAAGUCUUAUGCGCAAAUGGUACCGUAUGUCACGAAUUAUGAUAUGGACACUCAAAUUCAAAAGGUGUACACCAUAUCAAAGUUCAGAGAGGUUCAGGACGAGUUCAUCGGGAAGGUUUACUGUGACAUCAUAUCUAUCUCGGAGAGAUGUUCAGGGACGAUUUACAAGGUUCUGGAGGAUGUCCUACUAUAUGGAGCGCAUCGGACGAAGAGGACCUUUUCCAUCUCAUUUAUGAGGGAGACAUGUGACAUUUUCUUGCCGGACAAGUUUAUUCUACGAAGAUGGAGGAGGGAUGUUAGUAGGGCACACACGAGGGUAGCAAUGUACUACGAUGGGUUGGUCAGUUCUCCGGCACAGUUGAGGUACGAUGAUAUAUGUCGGGCAUUUUCGGAGGUGGCUGACCUUGCUGCGAAUGAUAAAGAGCGGAGUUCUGCAGUAAUGGAUUGGAUAAAACUUCAAGCGAAGGAGCUGAAGUUGAGUUGUGGUAGUCAUCCUAGUCAUGUCAUCUCUUGCGGGAUGGAUUCUCAGAAUCGUUCCGACGUCAAUGUACUAGAUCCAGUAUCAUCAAAAUGA